ACAUCUUCUUCUCAGAAUUCUAAAAGCAUCUGCAGCACUCAACUAAAGACUUGUAUCAUCAACAAGGAGUCAAUCUUUCAGUUUAACUACAUUCUUGCUGAAAAUGAGUUCAACAACCAGGGCAUGGAUUGCAGCAGUAAGUGUAGGAGCAGUGCAGGCAAUGAAAGAUCAGGGACUGUACAGGUGGAACCACACCAUUAGGUCAAUGCAGCAGCUUGCCAAGAACAACCUCAGGUCCUUGUCUCAGACCAAGCAGCUCUCUCCUGCAUUGGCUUCAUCAAGCAUUAAAGUUAAAGAUCAAGAAAAAAUUAGGCAGUCUGAAGAAUCAUUAAGGAAAGUCAUGUACUUGAGCUGUUGGGGUCCAAAUUGAUUGAGCCCCCCCACUAGUACUAUUUAGUUUUGUAAUUUUAGAUAUAUGGGGUGAUGUAAAACUGGAAAUUUUGGUAAUUUUCUACCUACAAAAUUGUAAAUUAUAUGAUUUUAAGACAUUUUUUGCAAAUGUCUUUC